AAAAAACCUCUCCCAAACUAUUGGGUUAGGAAUGAACCGCGAGUGAAUUCAAAUUAUUUUUGUUUCUAGUUAACAUAACUAAUAUUUUAGAAUUCGACAAUGAGUACAUCGUUAGCCCAACAACUUCAGAAGCUUGCCCUUCCUCAAACAAAUGUUCUAAAGAAGGAUCAUAAACGAGCUUCAAUUUUAUUUGAUCCCAAGGAAGCGGCCGGUAUCAGAAGGGAAACAUAUUUUCAAAUCGGCUUGCAGGGAUUGGAAGAAUUAAUUCUAAAAAAUUCUAUAUUCGAACCGUUCCGAAAUACUUUAUUUAAUAUCAAUGCGAAAUCUUUCGAGCGAUCUGUUCACGAUAAAGAAGCUAAUCAGAAGCUGGACAAAGCGAUAAAAAAAUUGUUAUUUCUGUUAUCGCCUUACUUUUUAUUAAACUCAACUCACAAAGUGUUGGAGUGGUUAGUUUAUCGAUAUAUGAUAAAUGAGUUUAACAGAAAUGAUUUAAUUACACUGAUAUUGCCAUACCAUGAGUCUAACAUAUUUAUUCGAGUGGUACAAAUUUUGAACUUUAAGGAUCAAAAUGAUCCACUGUAUUUCCUAAGAGCACUUCAGAAACGCGGAGUCCAUUUAACAAAACAAAAUUUGCUAAAUCAUUUAGCGACCAAUGUAGGAUUUUUAAAAUUUGUAUCUGACUUUUUACCCCAAUUAAUCCAGGCUCAUGAAAACCAGGGAUUACUAACUGUGAUUUUUAAUUUUUAUUGCACAGCUUUUUGUGGGGCAAUUGAAUACAGAGACGAAGUCACCGAAACCCAGGUCUCAUAUAUGCUGCCGCUUUUAUUAAAAGGUUUAAAGUCAGCAACUCCAGACUAUGCCGCUGCAUCUUACAUUAUAGCUGCAAGAUUAACUGCCAAAACCACUCUCUCAAAUAAGCUCUUGGAUCGUAUGGUUGAGUUAGUAUCCAAACUUAAAUGCAGCAGUUUAAGAACCGAAUCCUGUCUCGCUUUGGUCAUCUUUUAUCAGUCCCAAAGGCAGUAUUUAAACAUGCCCAGUGAAGCUUUAUUAAGCCUUUGCGAGCUGGAGUGGUUUCCAAAAUGUUUGCAAUAUUUGUGUUCCAUUGGCACCAAUAUUGACUCCCUUGCGGAAGUGUUAAUAAAAAGGGCUACUGAAGAAGGAACCACGAAUGACAUGAAACUAGCCAGGGAACUCAUCGACAAUAUGCUGAAGGAAAUUACUUUUGAGGAUGACUUUAUUGAAAGAUUGUUAAGUUCCUUUUUGGACGCCCUGAAUAAACAAAUGAAAUACGCUGAAGAAAUAGGACUCUGGGUCACUAGCAUCGUGCAGGACAUUGAAACAAAGUACCCGGCGGCCUUUGACGAAACGGUCAAGGAAAUACUAGUGUCGACAUCCACCAAAAUCGAGCGCAAACGGAAAUCCUGCCUCCAGACUAUCUUAAGGAGAUCGGUAACUUUUAAAGGAAGAUUCGUUGUGCUAGAAAAAUUGUAUCAUCCUGUGCAAGAGAUACGCGCGGAAGCCAUCAAGUACGUUUUGACAAAUCACAAAACUUUAAAACCGAGCGACUUGGAAUUCGUGAAAAAUAUCCUAAUCGAUAUUUUGGGUCAGAAAGAUGUAACCAACACGUUAGACAUCCUGAAGGUGAUCGAAAAAAUGAAAAUCGCUGACGAACGGUUAGACGCGACGUUGACAAAUCUAUUAAAAGAGUACGCGACCGACGAAGGCGAGGACAAGGACAUCAUGUUUCGGAUUCUCAAAUUGUUGUGCGGCUCGCGCGAUUUUAACUGGAAAAUAUUUUUGGUUGUCUUUCCUUUCAUGUGGCCUCGCGCGGAAAUAGAUUUGGCCGAUGCCAAGCGGGUGGUCGCGUUACCGUUUUUUUCGAAAACAAAAACCCGAAGCGUGAACCUCUUGCUGAAAUCGUCCGACGUUAAAAGCUUCACGGGAAACUUGCUUCAAUAUUUGAGUGAAAAGGAGAACGCGGCGGCAAAUGUAUUGGAUUUGAUGCGCGAUUUGCCCGCGCGCGACUACUUUGCGCAGUACUGCUGUGCGCAGAUCGCGUCGCGUUUACUAACGUCGUCGGAAAACAUCGCCGCGGCCGUCAAGUUUUUUUACUCGUUUUACGUCGACGCCGAGCAAAAAUCGUUCAAAAAGAAACCCUCGUUUCGGGACUACCUUGUCGUUUCCAAAAGGAAAUUCCCCGUCAGGGGUAUAACUGGAUGUAUCUGGACGUUGCUCGGACACGUGGACCGUUUAGAACUGACGCCGGUCGAUUUUGGUCUCGAACGCGCCGAAAGUUUGAUCUUCGAGAACACCGCGGCUUUGCUAUUCGAUAAUUUUGACGCCAACGAGGACGAUAUCGAUUUAUUUUUGAACCGGAUGUGCAAAGACGCGCAACAAACAGUCGAAAGUUUGCUGAACUUGUGCACGUCGCAUCCUGCUUUUUUGAACCCAACUUGCGUGGCCAACAUCAUGCGUUACGUCGACAAACUCUUACCCGUCCACGGCAGCAAGACUUUGUUAUCACUCGACAGCCUGAUCGCGAUUCAUUUAUUGAUUUUGAUGCAAUCACCUGACGAACACCUAAGACGAAACGUUGUCGACAUGGUCGAACGUUUAAAUCAGUCGUCUCAAAAAUCUAACAGCUACGUUCAUCUCGUGGAAGGACUGUUGGCCCACAGGGAGGAGAUUGUAAUGGACCACAACCAGACGCCGAUAGUCGUAGGCAAACUAUUAAGCCAGAGUAACCGGAUCAAAGCGAAAAAACAGCUUCAGUCGAUCCUGUCGACCAUGCAAGACGCGAUUUGCAGCAAGAGGACUCCCAUGUACACGAAGCAGGGCCUCGUCAGUCUCCUGGCUGAGGUAAAGUCUUUCGAGUUCUUCGAGUCGACGUCCUCUGCGAUCGCGGCAAUGAUGGAAGCGGAAAAACAAGCCUUCGACAAAUUCGAGGCGCUUAUUUUCAAGACUACUAUCGAUAAAAUCGAUGUUCAUAUCGCGGAGAGAACGUCGCUGGAAUCCGACACGUGGAAACUGAUACUCACGUGUUUAAGCAACGAUCGUACCGAAAUUAUAAUCGACGACGACGAACCACCCACUUGUCUCACGAAGAUAACGUUGCAACAUUUCACAAAAGAUGUGCUGUCGCACUUCACCGACGACGUGCUAGUUACACUGUUAGACAUCUUUUGCACGUUGUGCGUGACGUCGAAACAUCCGGACGUGAUCACGUUAGUGGGGAAAAUUUUCAAACACAUCGACCUCGAUGUCAAUGUGAUCGCGCCACAGCUCAUCCGUAUGAGAGACGUCCAAUCUGACCAAGAACAAUCGGGAAAACGGAAUAGAAGAAUUAACAUACCGUCGGCCGACAUCCUGGAGACCACCGACUGGAAAAAGGGAAAUGUUGUGCUGGAAUUCGUCCAAAACAAAAAGAAAAUCCGUAACGCCCAUUGUCUGCUGGCGGUAGUUUCCGAGCUCUUGAAGAAAUGCUUGGAUUUCGAGGAACAAGCGGCUGUGGAAUAUACCAAGCAGUUACUUCUCUCACUAGUGCUGUUGAUUUCCAAUAGAAUCGACAAACACGUUUUGUCCGAUACCGAGUUCAACGUGGACUUGGUAGUGCAGUGCAUCAGGUCGUCGCAGAACCCGCAAACGCAUCACCACGCGAUGCUCCUGCUGGCCUAUUUAGCUGAGGUGUUUCCCGACAAAGUUCUGCACCACAUCAUGUCCAUUUUCACUUUUAUGGGAUCCUCGUUGCUACGUCACGACGACGCAUACAGUUUCCAGAUCAUUAUGAAGAUCGUUGACAUUAUAGUGCCGAUUUUUCUUCAGAGUAACCAGCUGGAUGAUUUGGUUAAAGUUCUGAGGGUGUUCGUGGACGCUUUGUUAGACGUUCCCGAACACAGGAGGCUUCCUUUGUACAGACAGCUGUUGCAGAACGUCAAUGCGGAAGAGAACAUGUACCUAUUUUUGCUCGUCAUCUUUGAUUCGCAUGUCAUGGAAUAUAGUCAAAAUAGACGGAAAUUGGUCAAAGGUGUGGAUGCCAAUAAUAAACGCUUGGACAUUACCAGAAGCUUAUGCUGCGAGUUUCCACCGCGAGUAACAUUAAUGUCUUGCGUAAAAGUCAUCCAAUUCUUGAAGGAGUUCCCCGUGGACACACCGGAAAAUAACCAAGCUCAAGACCAGAUAUCUGUCAUAAUUAACAUCACCAACUACAGCGUCAAGCAGCUUCGACAUUACAAGUACGCCGGCAUAUCGUUCCUUUCCAACUUGUUGUCGUCGCAGACAUUCGUAAAUCAGGUGGCGCUGCUCUCGGUCGACAAUGUUCGCGACUUGGAGCAACUCUUUAAGGAUGUAAUCGUCGGAGUGCUAACGUUCAUUCAAGCAACGUCCAAACUUGCAGAAAAAUACGCCAACACCCCGCAGGCGCAGUACUGGAAAAUAAUCCUGCACCACUCGUACGACAUAUUGGACGGCGUCAACGCCCUUUUGACCCCGCCCAUGUUUCUCCUCGUUGAAAAGGGUUUGCUGAGUUACAAUUUGCCGGCUGUUAAACGGCGAGCUUUGGAACUGCUGAACGCGAAACUUCACAACGACGUGUAUUUUUUUAAAGACUGCGAGAAAAAAGACGCCUACGUAUUGAUUCCCGUCAUUAUGUCGAUUGUCGCUGCUAUAGACGAUGACGACAUAGAUUCGGAGCAAGAAGUGUUGAUACAGACCGCGCUGCUGUCGUUGAAGCUAUUCGUCAAAGCAUUCUCAUCCGAGGAUCCCGAAAAAUUCGUCGAAAUUCUGAAGUUCAUCACGAAUAUAGUAGUAUCGCGCAAAGCUCAGAACAACGUGCUAGCGUCGGUCCUUCUCUGCCUAGCCGAAUCGUGCGUCCACCUGAAGGCCCACGCGAUCUCGUCCUUGGCCGAUUUCAUGCCCGCUUUCCUCGACAUACUGAAAAGUCAGAAACACCAGGAAACGUCUAACUUGCUCCUGUUGAGCGUCGUCACCGCCACCCAAAAGCUAAUAGAGAGCUUGCCACUGUUUCUAAGUCCCUACUUGAAAAAAAUACUAACGGAGGUUUCGGUUUUGGUCAGCAGAUGGAGCGGCUACGCUCAAAACCCUAAGCUGCAGCCAUUCCUCAACAAACUUGACUUGAUCAAACGGAAACUCGGCACCUUGAUCCCGUUGAGGGUGUUGUUGCCGGCGGCGGUCGCCUCCUACGGAUCUCUGAUCGAGAAAAACCGCUGGAAGUGCGUGGGACCGUUCAUGGAUAUCCUCGCCGAGGGUUUGAGGCAGGCGAGCGGCGCGGACAUCGCCACCAACUUGCCCGCGUUGACGAGCUUCUUCCUAAACGCGUUGGAGUUUCGGGGAAGGUGCGGGUCUGAAGAAGAGGCGGGUGUCGUGGAACGGGAGGUGAUUAAAACUCUGCUCGUGGUAAUAUUGAAAUUGUCGGAGCAAACCUUCAGGCCGUUGUUCUACAAAAUAUACGAAUGGGCGUCGCACGACGAGGACCGAACGGGAAGGCUCAUUACAUUUUAUAAUCUGUCCAAGGAGAUCGCGAACUCUCUGAAGAGUUUGUUCGUGCUGUUCGCGGGACAUUUCAUAAACAACGCCGUCCAACUGUUGGAUUCCGUCAAUAGAAUAAAAACCGAACGAGGUUUCUACAAAAACGACGACAAAGACGUCCUGCUGUUAGAGUACGUGCUAGAAACGUUACAAGCAACGUUCAAGUUCGACAACCACAAAUUUGUAAAUAAGGAUAGGUUCGAUAUAAUCAUGCAACCGUUGGUAGAUCAGCUGGAAAAUACACUAGAUGGUGUGGAUAAAUUGGUAGAACGGAACGAGAAGAUUUUAACCCCGACGAUAGUGCAUUUCGUAGUAGCUACGGCGGAAGAUUCCAUAUGGAAACAAGCCAAUUACCAAAUACUGCUGAAGAUGCGACAUUCGUUGCCCCAAAUUAGAUUGGCGGCGCUUCAUUGCUUGACCCAGGUGGUCAUAAAGUUAGGAGAAGAUUUUCUUCCCUUGUUACCGGAAACGAUACCGUUCCUCGCGGAACUUCUCGAAGACGAAGAGGAAAACGUGGAGAAAGCGUGCCAGAAAGCCGUACAGGAAAUGGAAAAGAUUUUGGGAGAACCGCUACAAAAGUAUUUUUAGUUUGUAGUAUCUGACAUUAAACAAUUAUCAUAAACUUUUGAGUGUUUCAGUAAAGGGUUCUUUUCCUGUUCGAAUAUGAAUUUUGUAUACGAAUUAACGUUAUUAUACAACAAUAACAAUCCACUAAUCAUUCAUACCAGAAACUAUCACCAAUUUAACGACUCAUUCCCAUCAUCUACGAAGAAUACAAAUUAAUA